AUGAAGACGAUGACAAGCCUCGCCUCGCUGCUGCUGAUCAGCUACUUGUUCUGGAAGAAGAAAUUUUGGAUUCACGACCAGCGUCAUGAGCUUAUUGGUUUCAAGAUGCUCGUCACUGCGCUCUGCGUCUCCACGUGCCUCUCAACCACCCUGUUGCUCCUUUUGCUGGAGCAGGCUGCAAUUAUAUUCUCGAGAGGAAAGAAGCCGAUUACGAACAGAUUUACAAAAUUGUUUAUCGCAAUUGAGUUGACCGGGAUGAUCGCAAUCGCGACCUUUGGAGCGAUAUCAGAGCUUGGACAAGACUACCAGGUUCUUCACUGUAUGGAGGAUACGCCGACAAUAAUGCCCCUCGUCAACGCCGUCAGCACGCUGGUGCUUACUGUAGAUACGAUCACCGUAGUCACAUCUCUCUUAAUCUGUGCGUUUAGCCACUGGAGGUUACAAAGACGGAGCCGCUCAAUCGGCCCUUCAGUAGGAACAGGAAGUGCCACUCUAAAAGGCGCAUAUGCGUUACGGUACUCGGAUAUGGUGGUGAAGACCCUGCUCCCAGUCGUUCUGAUCCACACUACCAUCAUCUACAUCUUUAAUAUAUUUUCCAUUAUCCAGCGCUCAUUUAUUGCUCAGAUCUCAGAUUAUGUGACCCGGAAGAGCUAUCAGGGCCUGGGAAAUAUCCUGCCCUACUACACGCUCCUAUGCCCCAUCCUGUACGUGUGGGCCCUCGGGAAAUUGCGGAAGAGGAGAGAAGCCGAAUUCAACGGGGUCAAGUCACCACUUUUGGACGGGAAAAUCGCGCCUGCUAGUGAGGUUUAUCGAAAGGGGCUGGAAGCUGCAUGGAAA